CCAAUUGCAAAUCUCCAUCAGUCAAGAGUUUUUUUUCUCCCACCCUGGACUUUCCACAGAUAUAUAAACCCCACUUGCCUAGUUUCCCCAACGGUCCCCUCUCUCCAUUCCUCAGCGCUUUCUUUCCUGCCGGAACGCCCAACGCCCCUUCCUCCGUUUCCAGGCGUCAGUUCGGGCGGGGGCGGCACUCUAGGUAUGCUCAGAGGAGCCCUCCCUCCGUAGAGGCCACCUCCCCGCUGGAGGAACUGAGCAGAACCGAGGCGGGCGAGGAGCGACGGCAGCCGGCAGAGAGAAAGCCGGAGAGAGGAGAGCGGAGAGGAGAGAGCCGCCCAAGAGACGCGGCCGCCCGAGGCUCGGGCCCGGAGUCGUGGGUCGGGGGAGCUCGGGCGGCUCCGAUGGGGGGGCGGCACGCCCUCUGGCCCCCGCCCGGCCUCCUCUGGGCCCUCUCGCUGGCCCUGCCCUGCGAUUCCUCCAUGAGCCUUCCCUUAUCUAUUCUGCUGGAGAGAUACUGCGAAGCGUUGUCCGCCCAUCACAAUGUCUCAGGUCCUUACUGCAAUGCCACCAUCGACCAGAUUAGGACUUGCUGGCCAAAGACGGGCGCCGGAGAAUUGGUGGAGAGACCUUGUCCGGAGUUCAUCAACGGAGUCAAAUACAACACCACACGAAAUGCUUACCGGGAAUGCAUGGGAAAUGGGACCUGGGCCUCGAAGGCUAAUUAUUCCCAAUGUGAGCCCAUUCUGGUCGAAGAGACAAAGCCCGCUUUCCACUACAAGGUUGCCAUAAUCAUCACUUACCUGGGGCACUGCAUAUCCAUUGGGGCCCUCACCAUCGCAUUCCUGCUCUUCUUGUGCUUAAGGAGCAUCCGAUGCCUUCGCAAUAUUAUCCACUGGAACCUGAUUACGACAUUCAUCCUGAGGAACGUGACAUGGUUUACGCUCCAGCUGAUCGACCAUAACAUCCACGAAAGCAAUGAGCUGUGGUGCCGGUGCCUUACAACGAUCUUCAACUACUUCGUGGUGACCAAUUUCUUCUGGAUGUUCGUGGAAGGCUGCUACUUGCACACGGCCAUCGUCAUGACCUACUCGACAGACAAGCUGAGGAAAUGGGUCUUCCUCUUCAUAGGGUGGUGUAUUCCUCUCCCAAUAAUUAUCGCUUGGGCUGUCUGCAAACUCUAUUAUGAUAAUGAACAAUGCUGGUUUGGAAAGGAGCCAGGGAAGUACAUCGACUACAUCUACCAAGGACCGGUGAUUCUUGUUCUGCUGAUAAACUUUGUAUUUCUGUUCAACAUAGUUAGGAUUUUGAUGACGAAACUGCGAGCUUCAACCACAUCAGAAACAAUACAAUACAGGAAGGCGGUCAAAGCAACCUUAGUGCUCCUGCCUCUGCUGGGAAUCACCUACAUGCUCUUCUUCGUCAACCCGGGAGAAGACGACAUCUCCCAGAUCUUCUUCAUCUACUUCAAUUCCUUCUUGCAGUCUUUUCAGGGCUUUUUUGUGUCUGUGUUUUACUGCUUCUUAAAUGGCGAGGUCCGUUCUGCAGCCAGGAAAAGAUGGCACCGAUGGCAGGACCACCAUUCCUUGCGAGUACGGGUCGCCCGGGCGAUGUCGAUCCCCACGUCUCCAACGAGGAUUAGUUUUCACAGUAUAAAACAGACUGCAGCUGUGUGAACAAGCCUAUGCCUUCAUCAUCUAUGGCGUUCUUUUCUCUCAUGUCCUUUCUACUCCGCUUUCUCUCUUCUUGCAAUCUGUUUUUCAUUUUGAUCCCUUUCCCUUUGUUUUGAUCUGGACUCUUACAUGUCCUUGUGGAUACCUUCCCAUUUGGACGUAAAGCUGCUUUUUGAGAAUGCCAACCAAAAAAAAAACCUGGAGGGAAAGGUGGAAUGAGUAAAAUUAUGGAAGAUAGAAGUCAGCAAGAAGUCGACCCAUGUUCCCAGGAUGUUAACCAGAAACAAUGAUGAGUUGGAAUGAAGACCUUUAUUUUUCGUUUCUUCUCUUCUGGUUACAGAGUCUGGUUAGACUGUUGAUGUGAUUUUUGAAUAUUUCUGGGCUUUUGGUCUUGCUUUGCUUCCAUAUGGCCAUUUUUCCACUGACAAAGUUUGUCUCCUGCUUGCAUGUGUGUCCCUUUGCUCUUUGGUAUUUUUUGCUUCUCUACCCAACAUCCAAAGACAUCCUCCCAAACUCACAAUUAUGUUGCAAUAGUCCCCAAUCAUAACCAUUCCAUUGUUUAUGGAGAAUGAAAGUGUUGGAGAACCAUCUGUCAAACACAGGCGACUGAUAGCAUUGACUUUGAUCUCUGGAGGACAUCAGCAGAUCACCGCAGAAGAUGUCCUUGGUCUGCCUGACCAUGGGAAUAUGUCCCCCAUAGCCAAACACUUCUCCAAUCCCAUGCCCACCAUGUCCACCAGCAACAGAUAGUCAACCAGGGAUGGAAACUUGAAGGUGGAGAGCAGAGAGCCAUUUUGGAGCCCUAUAUGUCAAUACUUAUGCCUUGGUUGAUCAUGCAGGACCUCAGCAGAUGCCUUUACCAAAAGCUGACUGUCCACAUUUGCAGGUUUAACUUUUGUAGAUUUGAUAAUUUGCAAAUUCAAUGUGUCCUCUCCAUAAAUCACUAGGCCCUCUAGUGCAAUUCUAUGGUCCACAUCCAUCAGAAGUUGACCACAGAGUAUCCUACUGGUGGUUAGCAAUUGAGGAAGUUGAAGUCCAAAACACCUGGAGGACCCAAGUUUGCCCAUGCUUGCUCUAGAGAUUCCCAAAGAGAACACCUUUCUGGAGAUUUCAGGGUCUUCUAGCAAAACGCUUAAAUGCAACAUGCACCAAAAUUUGGCCAUAGAGACACAUGGAGAGAUGCUGCAUUUUUCAUUCAUGGUUUUCCUACUUCUUGGGUAGAUUCUGUGCCCCUCACUCCAGGAAAUGUGGAGGGUUGACCAUUCUCAAACACUAGAUUUGAUCCGCAAUGACAUAAAUACAAUAAUGUUCUCAGUUCUUAGCCAACAAAGGCUUUACCCUCAUUUCAUGGGAAUAAAGUAUUCACUGAGAUUUUCUGGUUCUCCAUAAGAGAUCUGUUCUCGAAGUCUUUCAUGGUCGGUAUCACUGGAUUGCUGUGAGUAUUCCAGGCUGUGUGGCCAUGUUCCAGAAGCAUUCUCUCCUGAUGUUUCGCCCACAUCUAUGUCAGGCAUCCUCAGAGGUUGUGAGGUCUGUUGGAAACCAGGCAAGUGAGGUUUAUAUAUCUGUGGAAUGUUCAGGGUGGGAGAAAGAACUCUUGUCUGUUGGAGGCAAAUUUGAAUGUUGCAAUUGACCACCUUCAGGCAAGAAGCAGCCAGGUUUUGAAGCUGAAAGGCCAUUCAGUGCUAAUCAAGGUGGCCAAUUGCACCAUUCACACUUGCCUCAAGCAGGCAAGAGUUCUUUCUCUCACCCUGGACAUUCCACAAUUAUAUGGCGUUCCAUGCAGUCAUGCCGGACACAUGACCUUGGAGGUGUCUACGAACAAUGCCGGCUCUUCGGCUUAGAAAUGGAGAUGAUCACCAACCCUCAGAGUCGGACACGACUGGACGUAACAUCAGGGGAAACCUUUACUUUUUACUAUGAACCCCACUUGUCUAGUUUCCAACAGACCUCACAACCUCUGAGGAUGUCUUCCAUAGAUGUGGGUGAAACGUCAGGAGAUAAUGCUUCUGGAACAUGGCCAUACAGCCCGAAAAACUCACAGAAACCCAUUUCAGAAGAGAACCUUCAGGAAACUAAUAACGUUAGGCACUUUUAAGAAGUCAAUCCCAAGGAAACAUUCCAAGGUUUGAACCAUGUUGGUUGUCCCAAAGCUCUUCUGAAACAUCCAUCAUGCUUCACAUUCAGAGAUUGCCAAAAUGAAGGUCAAAGCAUCCACACAAAGUCAGGUUGGGGCCACAGAUGAGUCCCUCCUGGAAAAGGACAAAAAUGACCUCUGUUUCUGCUUCAGUUUUCCAUCCUGACAAAAUUCUGAUCCAAACUUGAAAACGUACUUGUGAGCCUUCUCCAUUGUUCUUCAUUGGGUUGGGAAGUUAUUGGGUGAAGAAUUUGCUUUCUGAGCAAUGUGUUGGCCCUGUUGAUAGGCAAAGCUUGAAUCGCCACCUUAGUGGCACAUCACUGUCAGUUUCCCCACAAUUAUUGUCUCGUUUUGUCACCUGCAUUUUGCCGACCAGCUUUGAAAGGGUGCUGAACUACUUCUUUGCUUUUACCUUGGAAGGCGACCACGGAGGGAUUCCUCUUCUUUCUCUUGCCAACAGCCUCAAACUGAUGUUUGCUUGGCGUCUUUCUUUCUUUUUUAAAGGGAACCUUUGUACAAUAAAAUGAAAUAAUAUAAAAUGAUGCUGAGCCGACGGCGGCAAAGACGACGACGCAGCUAUAAAAGGGCCGCGUCUGGAUUGCAUUGAUGCGGCAGACUCUCUCUGGGGCUUUUUAUGUGACGUUGAGAUAUCGUGUAAAUAUUUUCAAUAAUAAACACUUCUGGUUUGGAUUUCUAUUGA